AUGGAGGAUGGAACAGAGCAAACAAAUUCUGCAGUUGGUGCUGGGCAUUCGAUUCAAGGUGCUUUGCAUUUUGCUAUUGUUUUUGCAUUUGUUCCUUUUGCGUUUUUGUAUGAUUUUGUGAUUCAUUGCGAUACAAUUGUUUUUAGCAGUGAUGUUUUUAGUGAAAGCAUUAUGGAUGGUGCAGUGAGUUCAGAUCAAGAAGAUGUAGACAUUGAUGGAUCUUCAUCAAUUCCAGUUGAUCAAGAUUUGGUUGGUUUGGUAGUAAGUAAUGUUGAUGAGGCUUUUGAUUUGUAUAACAAUUAUGCAUAUAGACUUGGUUUUAGUGUGAGGAAGGGUCACCAAUGCUACAAGGGAUCUACUAACACAAUUCAAAUGAAGAACUUUUGUUGUUCUAAGGCUGGUUAUAAGGCAAACUGUGGGGUUAAGGCUUAUUCCAAAAUUGACACAAGGACAGGGUGUGAAGCAUUUGUUCAGUUUGACGUGGGUGAUGAUGGGUUGUGGACAAUUACAAAACAUGAGAAAGUGCACAAUGAGUUAUAUGUGUUCAACAAGAGUCAUCUACUUCGUUCACAUAGAAGUGUCAGAGAUAAUCAACUCUUAUAUUUACAAGGUUUGAAGGACAGUGGAGUUGCACUGGCGGAUGGUAUUAGGUUCCUAAAACACCAAUCAGGGGGGUCUCCAUUAGUUGGUUUCACCAAUAGAGAUGCUUAUAAUUCAAUGCCUGCUGAUACAGUCAAGCGAUUGGAUGGAACUGAUUCUAACUCUUUAAUUGAAUUUUUUCGGAGGAGGCAGUCUACCGAGUCUGAUUUUUUCUUUGAUUUUGAACUUGAUUUGGAUGCAAGAUUGUGA